CGGUCCCCCUCGGCCAGCCACCCCGAUGCCUACACGCCGCGACUCCAAACUUGCUGCUGCUACUUCUAUGCCUUCGUUCCCACCACCCCCGACUUUUCUCCAUCCGAAUCCUGCUUACGAGAUCAUCGUCCCCCCAUCACCAGCUUUCUACUAGGUCGUCCUUCUCGCGACAUCUCACCUCUUGACUCGGUUGCGGCUGGGAUUCCACGUGCGCUGAGCUGGCCUUUCGUCGUUAGGACUUUCGUCCCCCUUUGCCUGUCUUUUUAGUCUGGUGGAAUUGGCCGUCUCGUUCCUUCGUCGCCUGUCUGUUGUUUCUCUCGAUGCAGCCCGCGCUAGCCCCAGCGCCGCAUCCAAGCAUGCAGAGCUCUGCUCAGGAUCAUGCGGAUCAGGUCCUCCAUGAUCAGCUCCUGGCGGCCCAGCAGCACCUCUCCUCCCACCCCCAGCAGGCGCGGCCGCAGCAGUCCCCAACGCAUCCGCAGCACCUGCAGCCUGGCGCACCCGGAUCUCGCGACCAGAAUAACAUCGACCCCGCCAUCGCUGGCACGGCCAUGCUGAACCCGCCUCCGGAACAGCAGCAGCCCCCUCAGGAGGGGUCCCCGCCCGAUGGUCGCAAGGUUUAUGGAAAGCGGGAGCUGUCGACGUCGAAGCGUGCGGCGCAGAAUCGUGCUGCUCAGCGAGCUUUCCGCCAACGCAAGGAAGGAUACAUUCGCAAGUUGGAGGAACAGGUGAAGGAGUACGAAGCUCUGACGGAAAGUUACAAAGCCAUCCAAGCGGAGAACUACCAGCUUCGUGAAUAUAUCAUCAGCCUACAAUCGCGCCUGAUCGAUUCUCAGAACGAAGUCCCUGAAUUGCCAGGAAACAUCGAUCUCAGUCAGCCUCGUCCGGAGCCUCCGGUUGCCGCGACCGCCAGCGCUCCAGGAGCUGGCCCGUCCUCUUCGGUCCCCGGUCCCGCGCCGCCCCAGCAGCAGGGACAGCCAUCCACUGCUGGUACGGCGACAGGAGAAGAUCUGAGUUCAUUAAACCGCAUCGCUGUCGCUGGGCUGGGGAUGCGGAAGCACCCUCACGAGGAAGCGGCAUAUUUGACCAACAACUUCCCGGCCCAGAAGCGUAUGCGAAGUGAAGACGGACAGCCUGAGCAACAAACAACAAAGACCGAGCCCAGCCACGGGCUCCCUGUUGCUACUUGAAGAACGGACAUGUGCUACCAUCUCCGUACGCAGUUUUCUUCUCUCUUCCCAUCACAUCAUCGUGAUAAAAACGCAGUCCGUAGACAUUGUCGAAAUUUGCCUUCGGUGCAAUAGCCAGAACCAACGUGCGAACAAGGUCAGGCGGAAGGAGUGUUUCUGCCAGACACCAUCUGUAAUUUUUUUUUCCUUUUUAUCUUUUUUCUCGGUGUAUUCGGCGUGACGGCUCGAUGGCUCUGUUUUAGCCCGUUGGUGGUAUGGUGUUGGUUUGUCUGUACUUCGGUUAUAAUUUCUCCCACCCUUUGUUUUGAUUUGGCACCCUAAUUCAGCUGUUGUACCUGUACUAUCUCCAGCUGGGGUCGAUGAGCAGAACAUAUCUCGCCGCUGUAUUCUCGCUCGGACAGUCCAAUAUGUACUAUGCAUGGAGCGAGUUGCCUCUAAACGU